AUCAUUUAGAAAAUGAAAAAAAUGUUCUUCAUUUAAUUAAGCAGGAGCAGCAUAUGACAAUUCAAUGACUUACUAAUGAACAGAUGUGACAAACCGAUCGCUGCUUUCUAACAGCCCACUCAUGGCUGGAACGAAACCUGCCAGAUACUGAGUCCCGAGAACCAGAUUUAAACGCGUCUGAACCUACGAAAAGUCUGAUAUUUAGUGCCCCCUACUGGCGAAAAAUAUAUCAUCUAUACAUGAAACAGCCCUCCAAAGAAAACAAAUCGGAUAUAUUAGAUAUUAUAUAUUAGAUUAUAAGGACAGUUCAUUUUACGUUAAGGUAAUCUUUUAGAGAGAAGUUUAAGAGGGGAAUAUAAAUGAAAGCACUAACUUGGAAAUUGAAACACGCUUCUACGGACAAAAUACUUUAUUUGCUGAGGAAAAAAGGGCUACCACCUACUGGAAAAAAUGAUUGCCGUCUAAACAUCAUUUACUUUUAUUAUUAUUAUUUUUUACCAAAUUGUGUUUUAAAACAUUUAGUCUAAUACUGUAUUUUUUCACAUACAUAAUGUCUGUGUAAAUUCAAAAUAUGAAGAGGUCUGGGGAUAUUUUAAAAUCAUUGUAAGCAUCUAUGAGAUAAAAAUGAACUUUUUUUCGGUAAAUGUCUAAUUUUAUAAAUAUCGCUGUAGAGGAGGUGUACACUGCCGAAUUAAGUUAACAAAGUUUAUAGUAUACGCCAUAUAAAUUGCUAAAUCUUUUCAAAAUUCAAAACAAAAACACUUGUUUGUACGUUUACGUCAAAAUCCAAGAUGGCCAAUGGGACUUGUAGUCCGCAGCAACUCCAGUAACAAAGAAGGCAAAACACUGUAAAAUAUUAACAAUUAAUGACUACAUUCUCCCUGUUACUAUAUACUCCCCAUUCAGAUGCGUGUCUACGUGUUUUCAUUAAUAUAGUCGUGAAGUAAUUAUGCUUUCCCUGUGCUUAAAUGUUUUCUACAUAAAGAAAAGGUAAGCAUACACACUGCAUUACCCAGAAUGCAACAGCAUCCACAGCAGUUUGACAUUUGACCUGUGACUGAAAAUACCCUGAUCAGCUGAUCUGACCUGGCAACAACAUUCUGGGAGGUCUAUCAGGGAGGGGAACUCAGCUAACAAAAAACAAUGCCUUCACUACACAAAGCAGCACUUUACUGAAAAGCUCGACUUUUUGAAACUCCUAAGACGGGUGAUGAAGUUUAACAAGAGCAAGAGAGACGUGUCUCUGUUGUUAACGUGCCGGUAGCUAGCUAGGAUUACUGAGUCACUAUCCAGUCUUAUAGAGCGACUCUGUUUUUGUUGUGGGGUAAACAUUGAUUUAUGUGUUCGUUACAGUAUUAUUCAGUCCACACCGGUUCCGUCUUUUUAAAACACUAAUCUUAUAAAUUGAGCGUAAACCGCAUGAUAUGCUUGUUUAAUCGCACAUUAAGGGCAAUUCGAUCUAUUGGAAAUGUCAUUGGUGUGUUUGUUUUUUCAUCGUAGGUAGUCUCGCGUAUUGUUUUAGUCUAUUGGGGUUGUUUCAGGUAUGUUAUUUACCUUGCCAACUUAGGAAAUUAUUGAAGUUUUUAAAUGUCAGGUUUACAGAGGUCGCUCCAGAGGCAAGUGAACCAGUCGCGUUCAUUGGGAAGGUUUCGUUAUUCUGGGUGUUUGUUUUGAUGUUGUCUAAGUUUAGUUUUUUAAGAAAAAAGUUUUAUUUAAAUGUACGACGGCAUUAGACAUUUAACGUAAGCGGAAAUAGCACUCAUACCACCUGGUCGAUUCAUGUCAUUCUUUUGUUGUCGGUGCAAGGGCAUUAUUGGUGUUUGCACUAAAUCAAAAUAUGAGUAUGAGCGUUUAACUCCCGUUUGCGUUUCAUUGCCAGAAUAACUGUUUCAACUUGAAGUUUCGCGAAGGGAAAUAAUGUUGUAUUGUUAAGGGGUCUUGCCAAGUCAGGUGUUUGAAUUUUUAAAGCUAGGAGUCAAAUUUAUUUAAACGGGUGGCAUAUAAAAUCAAUACUGUAAAACACUGUAAAAGAUCAUUGAGCAAAGAAUUUGAAAUAGCUUUAAAAUAAAUGUGUAUAUGUAUAUUAAGAUAGAUUGCAAUAGUGAAGAAUACUUGUAAAUAUAAUUAUAUUUAACCAUUUGGGGUCACGGUCCUUAUACUAAGGUGUAUCAUUUCAAUACUGAGCAAUAAUGAGUGGCCAGGGUUCUGGAGUCGGUGGCAGCCUGGUUUGCCAGGAGAGCUAUGCCUGCGGGGGUUCUGAGGAGGCGGCGUUUGAGUGCGAUGAGUGCAAGAGCCUGCAGUGUGCCCGCUGCGAGCUGGAGCUCCACCGGCAGGAGCGCCUCAAGAACCACGAGCGCACCCGCGUCGGUCCAGGCCACGUGCCAUUCUGCGACUCCUGCAAGGGGGAGGCUGGCGGGCGGCACCGGGCGGCUGUUCGCUGCCAGGGGUGCAAGAUCAACCUGUGUCUGGACUGCCAGAAGCGGACGCACAGCGGUGUGAACAAACGCAAGCACCCGCUCGCCUCCUACCCCCCACCCAAAGCGGUGGACGCCAGCGUCAGCGAGGCCGAGGUCCUGAGGGCCCAGCUGCUGGACAAAGUCAGGAGCUUCCUGCUGGUGGAUGAGAAUGAGGAAAUGCAGCUGGUCCCCGGUCAGGUGAAGGACGAAGACGAGUUUGUGAGAAAGCUGGACUGCCCUCCUGACCAGCUGCUCAAGGUGGUGUCCAUCUUCGGGAACACGGGGGAGGGCAAGUCCCACACCUUGAACCACACCUUCUUCCUGGGCCGCGAGGUCUUCAAGACUUCAGCCACCCAAGAGUCCUGCACAGUGGGGGUGUGGGCGGCGUUGGACCCCAUCCACAAGGUGGUGGUCAUUGACACAGAGGGCCUGCUGGGGGCGGGGUCCCACCAGGGCCAGCGCACACGCCUCCUCCUGAAGGUGCUGGCCAUCUCCGACAUCGUCAUCUACCGCACCCAUGCUGACCGGCUGCACGACGAUCUCUUCAAGUUCCUGGGAGACGCUUCUGACGCAUACCUGAAGCACUUCACCAAAGAGCUGAAGGCCACAACGACACGAUGCGGCCUCGACGUCCCUCUGUCUACGCUGGGCCCUGCUGUCAUCAUCUUCCACGAGACUGUCCACACCAAGCUCCUGGGCUCAGAUAAGCCAGGGGAGACGGCAGAGAGGCUCCUGCAGGAGCGCUUCCGGAAGCUGGGCCGCUUCCCCGAGGCUUUCAGCUCCGUGCGGUACUGCGGCACUCGCACCUUCAACCCGCCCACUGACUUCAGCGGCCUGCUGCACAGCCUGGAGCAGCAGCUGGACAACAGCACCACGCGGUCCCCCCGCUCACCUCUGGUCGUGUUUAAGGCCCUGCAGGCCCUGAGCGAGCGCUUUAGCGGCGAGAUCCCGGACGAGCACCAGGCCCACAGCUCCUUCUUCCCAGAUGAGUACUUCACCUGCUCCAGCCUGUGUCUCAGCUGCGGGUCUGGCUGCCGAAAUAGUAUGAACCACCUGAGGGAGGGCAUAAGCCACGAGGCCAAGCACCGCUGUCGCUACUCGGUGCACUACGACAACCGCGUCUACACCUGCAAGGCGUGUUAUGAGGGGGGCAUGGAGGUUAUUGUGGUGCCCAAGACAUCUGCAUCCUCAGACUCGCCUUGGCUCGGCCUGGCCCGAUACGCAUGGUCAGGGUAUGUGAUUGAGUGUCCGAACUGCUGCGUCAUCUACCGCAGCCGCCAGUACUGGUAUGGGAACCAGGACCCCGUGGACACUGUGGUCCGCACCGAGAUCCGCCAUGUGUGGCCUGGGUCUGACGGCUUCCUGAAGGACAACAGCAACGCGGCCCAGCGCCUCCUGGACGGGGUGAACUUCAUGGCGCAGUCCGUGUCCGAGCUGAGCGUGAAGCCUGCCAAGGCUGUCACCUCCUGGCUCACCGACCAGAUUGCACCAGCCUACUGGAAGCCAAACUCCCUGAUCCUGACUUGCCACAAAUGUAGCAGCGUCUUCCAGGAGAACGACACUAAGCACCACUGCCGCGCCUGCGGCGAAGGCUUCUGCGGCGAUUGCUCCUCCAAGAGCCGGCCAGUUCCCGAGCGCGGCUGGGGCCUGGCACCUGUCCGCGUCUGCGAUGCCUGCUUUGAGCAGCGGGGCGUGCGGCCGGAGCUGCUGGAUUUGGACCUGGAAGAAGAGGAGGGCGGGACGGUGAUAGCUAGGAAGGUGGGCGAGGCAGUGCAGAGCACGCUGGGAGCUGUGGUCACCGCCAUCGACAUCCCUCUGGGCCUGGUGAAGGACGCUGCCCGGCCUGCGUACUGGGUCCCUGACCAGGACAUCCUGUGCUGUCACUACUGCCAGCGCGAGUUCAGCACCAAGCUGUCCAAACACCACUGCCGGGCGUGUGGCCAGGGCGUGUGCGAUGACUGCUCACCCCAACGUCGCCCUGUGCCCUCGCGGGGCUGGGACCACCCUGUCCGGGUCUGUACUAACUGUAGUCAGAACCCUGGGGACCUUUAGCAGGGCUGCCUUCUGGUCUCCAAGUCCCCCGUCAGCCCCCAUAGCUGGGAUGCCUCCACCCGUCGAGGGGCAGCCGUGUUCCCAGGACACAGAAUCUCUUUUUCUUUUUUUUUUGUUUUUGUUAUGCACUCUGUAGUGCGAGAGGCACUCUGUUCUCCACACGUCUCCCACGGCACGGGGAAUCGGAGUAGAGUACAAAGUGAAACCUCAAAGGUCUCCAUUUCCACCUCAGGCACCCCAGACCUUAACUCACACGCUUCCCUUUUUUUAUCAACGUUUCUAUCCCAGAAGGAGUACUUUGUAAACGCGAACACCGAGGGCGUGGAUCUGGAUGGCUCUACACAUGGGCGUCCCCUCUUCCGGGGUCAGCGUCUGCCAGGCAAAGCAUAAAGCCGUUCCUUCACAGGAAUAGGAGGAUGUGACGAGGUCACCCAGCUCAUGCAGCCUCCGUGGAGGUUACAUUUACCGUGACCCAAAUGUUUACCUGAGUUGACUUAACCAUAGGCGCACAAGUACUAGAUCGGGUCAAAAUACUUUGAUUCACAGCGUCCAGAGAGCGCAUCCACCAAAUGCAGGAGCAGUAAUUAGUCUUAAUGCUGGAUCUUCUUGUUAGAGUUUGGUGCUUUUGUUCACACAAUCACUUCAAAUCAGAUAGAUCUGUUCCAACACUUUUACCAGGGUCUUCCUGAAAUGUAAGGUGUGAAUCUGUGAGGUGACCAGGUGGAUGUUCCACAAAGCAGGAAUUCUCAGUUGACUGGGUUAACUUGAGCUGUAAGUCACGAUUGUCCAAUAGGAAUCCUCCGUACCUAAACUCGAUCGUGACUUCUUGCUUAAGAUAACCCAGCUAACUGAGAAAUCCCGCUGCGUGGAACUCCUCCCGGAUGUCUAAUGGUUUUGUGGCUUUUAUUAAGGCUGAAGGAACUAACCUUAUUUUCUGAGAGGUGGGGGUCAGGUUCUUUUUCGAUUUCCCAUCAAGCCUCGUCAGUCUGGGCAUACUGGGAGUGUCCAGCCUAUCUUCGCAUGCGGAGGUAAACAGUCUCAGUCGCCGGUGCAGCUGUUGCGCCUGUUACUUGACUGCGAUGGGGUUGUCAGGGAAUUGGGGUCCUCUUGGGCCUGGGGGUAGUUGCAUUUCUUCUCCCACGUUCUUCGCUGUGUGUUCCUUCCGUGACCUCCAGAGGAAUGUGCCUGCAUGUGUCCAGGUGGGUGGAUGUUUACGUGAGCUUUUAGAUUCAUUCCAUCAUCAUGGGUGUUGCCGUUUUUUAAGCUCUGAUCACAGUGUUCGCUUAUCAGGUUCAAUGCAUUUUAGGGACAGGUAGGUAGGCCAUGCCCACUUCAAACCCACUUCCAUAUUUCUGUGUUAUAGUUGGUUUUUAGGGAAGAGGUGUGGUGGAACUGUAGGAUUAUCCUGAAAGAAGUGCGGUUUGUUUUUUUGGUUGAGGGGAGAUGGUCUGACGCGUGCGACCUGUGAAAAGUCAGGACGGGCCCUGGGACUGCUGGUGGUGGUUCAUGAUUAGUCACCUCGCUUGUGUUCAUGUGCCCCAAUCAGCAUGCAUCCUGUUCGAUCACCUUCCGCUGGGUGAUCUUGUCAGACCCUGACUGUUACGAACAAGGGGCCGAGCUGUGGAGCAUCGAACAUCGAGUUUUAUGUGUCAUGUAUGCUAAUAUAUUAAAACUUUUAAACAUUUAA